AGACCUUGAACCGGCAUUCGUUUCGUCCUUACUGUUAACUGUAUAACACCCACACCAAUUUACAAUGCCGAUUACUGAUAACAUCGCUUAUUUUGUAGGAGUGGAUGUGGGUACUGGUAGUGUUAGAGCAGCUUUAGUCACGGAAUGUGGUGAAAUAGUUAGUUCUGCGGUAAAUUGCACAAGAACUUGGAAUAUCCAACCGGAUUUUUACGAGCAAUCCACUGAUGAUAUUUGGAAUGCAGUUGUCACAUGUGUCAAAAUCGUGGUCCAAAAGGUUCAGCCAGACAAAAUAAAAGGAACUGGUUUUGACGCUACUUGUUCUUUGGCAUGUUUCGACAAAAGUGGAGCACCACUUACUGUGAUCCCAAGUGGAAAUAAUCAACAGAACAUAAUCCUCUGGCUGGACCACAGAGCCGUGAACGAAGCCUCAGAAAUUAAUAAAUUGAACCCUCCUGUUCUGAAAUAUGUUGGUGGAAAGAUCUCUCCUGAAAUGGAAACGCCAAAAUUGCUUUGGCUCAAAAGGAAUAUCAAGGACACGUGGGACAAAGCUGGUUGGUUCUUUGACUUGCCCGAUUUCUUAACAUGGAGAGCGACUGGAGCAGAUUCAAAAUCCUUAUGUUCUCUAAUGUGCAAAUGGACUUACGAAAUGAAUAUCGCCGGUACCGAGGCCUGGAAUAAAUCCUAUUUCCAACAAAUAGGCCUGGAAGAUCUGGCUGAAAACAACUGGCAAAAGAUCGGUAGCGUUGUAUUAGCUCCAGGAUCUGCAGUAGGAAAAGUACUGUCCCAACAAGCAGCUGCAGAGCUCGGACUAGUGGCUGGUACUCCUGUGGGUGCUUUAAUGAUAGACGCCCAUGCUGGUGGAUUGGGUUUGAUUGGUUGUAGGGUUCCCGGAGUAGACCCUGCGUUUCACACUCGGGUUGGUUUGAUAUGUGGUACAUCUACAUGCCACAUGGCUGUUUCCAGAGAAGCCACUUUUACUCCAGGCAUAUGGGGACCAUACAAAAACGCCAUGAUACCUGGUAUGUGGCUAAAUGAAGGAGGGCAGAGUGCAACUGGAGAACUUGUAGACCAUAUCAUUGAUACUCAUCCAGCUACGUCAGAAAUUAGGAAGAAACUUGGUGAUAUGCAUAUUCAAAUAAUAUGAGGUGUAACCACAAAC